AUGGCUGACAGCAACGAUGACCAACAGUGGGACUCCGACGGUAACUCGGAACCAGUAUUCCCAUUGAUAUCCCCUUCCCAAGUCCUGGACCUAUCGCAGCUUCCCAAGGCCCAAGCCGUAGACGAGCUCAUACACCAUGUCUUCUGUCAACAAGAGGAGAUUAUCGACGAAGGUGGUGCCUACCUUGAAUUUUCUGGUCUCUCCCAAGACGUCGUCGAGCGCUUCUAUCCUCAACAAUGCGGUGUCCGUGAUCAUGCGACAUAUUUCGGAGAAGAGAGUGGCGGUAGACUCUUUAUCAAGAUGGCUGGACCGGUUCACAGGAUGGCCACCAGAGCUAUCAUGGACGAGCUCUGGGAUGGGCUUGUCGGCAUGGGCUUAGACGGAGAGAUCAAGCGCACCUUGAAUGACCGAUUUCAUGGCAACGGCAGCGCUGUCAAACAGCCUGAUGACGCGCUAGUCCCUACCAAAGUUCGCGCCAGCAGCAACAGCUUUCCAACCCUUGUCGUCGAAGCUGGUGGCAGCCAGUUCCCGGAGAGGAUGCGCCAGGAGCGAGGCGAUGUUCGCACUCUCAUUCUGAUCAAGAUGGACGACAAAUGCCCCUUGGGGACCAUCCAGCUCGAGGUCUGGUCGCACGGAGUCCAGCACCCGCAGGAGGCCAAGAUCCAGCUUGUCAAGCCCGAGGACUGUCCGACCCUGGACGAUACGGGCCUCAACCCUUCUCUCUGGGAAUGCUCUGGUCAAGUCCCCCUGCGCAUCGCCUUCAAGGAUGUCUUCCUGCGGGAUGCGGAGGGCCCGAGAGAGCACGACUUGGAAUUGACUGGCGACACCCUCGUCGCCAUGGCUACUAAAUUCUGGAUCAAACGCCUGCUAGUGAGACGCAGGGUGGAGGUGUACACAGAGGCAUACCAACACUCCGCGCCGCUAUAUAGGGAGGCGCGUCAGCGCGCCGCUAAGGCGUGUGAUGAGUUGCGGAAGCGCAACAUGGAGAGGCGGAAGGAGUUGUCGAAGGAGGCGCGGGAGAUGGCGCAGCAGGGGACUGAGCAGGAGGCAGAGAAGUGGCUGCGGAAGCAGUAUGCAGACCUCGGGGAGGCGGAGCGGCAGGAGAGAUUGCGAAUCUUCCAUGAGGCGGCGGAGGAGGCACGGCAACCCAGGAAGGAGGCAUUGGGACGCGUGUGGGAGAUAGAGGUCCGCAUUAUGGCGGCACUUGCCAAGAAGGAAUGA